UUUGCUCUUCGACUUGGUUAUAUCAUGCUGGGAAUACUGUUUCUUACGUUGCUAGCCAGCAGCUCGGCGGAGUUGGGCUACCAAUACCAGCAGAAUAGCUAUGGUGAAGCUACCACUGGUGGUGGAUAUCCCGUUCAACCCAACGAUCACUACCAGGAGCAUGCAGCCUUCCACAAACACUUCUAUGCCUUCGAAGCACCCUACGAUUCCGCAGAGGAGGCUGACUUGGUGGAGACCAAGUUGGCAGACCUCUCGCAGAAGAAUCUCCAGGUGGUGUUUAUCAAGGCGCCCGAAAACAAGGCGGUGGUAGGGGCUUUGAAUGCUUUGGCCAAGCAAACCACGGAGGAUAAGACGGCAAUCUAUGUGCUCAACAAGCAGACGGACGCCCACGAACUGGCAAGUGAGCUGAGCGCCUUGAAGGCGCAUCACAAGCACAAGCCCCAAGUUCAUUUUGUAAAAUACAGGACAGAGGCGGAGGCUGCCCAAGCCCAGCAGCACAUUCAGGCGCAGUACGGCGGAGCAGGGUCUUUGCCGCAAGCUGGCCAGUCUUCCUCAUUGGGCUACUAUCCGGAGCAGCAGCCGCAGUACGAUCAGGGCUACUAUCCGGACGCAGCAGCUCCUUCGUCGGGCUAUCAAUCCUCAUCGCAGCAAUCAGCAUAUCCUGCUCAGGGUUACUUGCCGCCGGUACCCAGCUACUCCUCCAUUGCUCAGGGCUAUAGCUCUGCAGCGGCAUCUUCUGCUGGGCAAAUAGAUCUGCCUCCGGUUCCUGAAGCCCAGCAGGAUCUUUCCGCCAACUACAACGAUGCCAACGUAGAUUACCGGACAGCGAGAUCACAGGGCUUUGAUUUCAGGGUUAACGAACGACGUAGGUCAGGGGCUCGUAUGGUCUUUCCCUCGGAUGGGAGAGCUGGAGGCACUUCUAGGUUAUACCUGCCGCCUAGCCAAGAGAAGCGGCGCCGACUUCGAAUCUAG